AGAUGAUGUACAACCACAAACUGGUGGCCUCUGACAUCACUCUGGACAUUCUGGACACGGCUUUUGACAUGCCGGAGGAGACAUCAGAGAAGCACAUUAAGUGGACCGACGGAGUGGUUCUCAUGUAUUCCGUCACAGACAGAAACAGCUACCAAGCUGCUUGCAAGAUUAAGGACCAAGUGUUCAACCUACGGGGUCCUGAGCUGCCCCUGGUGCUGGUGGCAAACAAACACGAUCUGCUCACUGCGCGUGCAGUCACGGAGGACGAGUGUGACAACCUUGCUGCAGAGAUGGAUUGCCCCAGAUUUCAGAUCUCUGUCGCUGAGGGCCAAGACGGGGUGAACGAGGCGGUGGAGGAGCUGAUGGUGUUGAUGAAGAGACAGCUGGUGAAGAGCCUGACCCAGCCAGAGACCGUGGUGGCUCUGGAGAAGAAGUCUCGCCUGUACAGCAUGAAGAAAGCCUUCAAGAAACGGAUCGUGCGCAGUCGCAGUGACACUUUUUAAUUGUAACAAUGUUCACUUUCAUGCGUUUUGUCUGUUUGUUUGUUUGUUUGUUUUCUUGUUUGUUUGUUUGUUUGAUUGAUUUUUUGUCUGUUUGUUUGUU